UGCCUAAGACUUUGACUAAGAACCAGCCGUGGAACUUCCGGGAAAUUCCAUUUCUCUAUUCCUCUCUCUACUUGCUCAUUUUCAAGGAAACACUUUCAUUGGUUAAAGCCCUUUUCACCUUGCUCAUUUUUUUUCACUUACAGAUUAUAGCUAGAUAUGCUUUUGUCAAGACCAUAGCAAAUUUUGUGAGAUCAAGGCCGGGGGUGGAUAAAAAAUGGCGGACAUCAUUGUUGACAUUUUUAUGAAGAAUUUGAUAAAGCUUCUUGGACAUGAAGCAAAUUUGCUCCUUAAAGUGAAGGGCCAAGUCUGUUUACUUCAAGAUGAUCUGGGAAUCAUGAAUGCCUUCCUCAAAGAUUCCGGUGGGAAAAGGAACGAGCACCAUUUGGUGAGAGAGAUAAUCAACCAGAUAAGGGACGUAGUUCUUGAGGUUGAAGAUGUGAUCGAUAUAUACAUGGUCAAAGUCAUAAAGCAAAGGAGGAGGACACUGUUGGGAAGAGCAUUCCAUUCCAUUGGUCACGCAAAUCUGCUUCAUGAUGUUUCGAAUCAGACGACUAGCAUCAAGAACAAAAUAAGAAAUAUUUAUGAUAAUAAAGCAACUUUUGGGAUUGGAGAAGUUGAAUCUAAUGCCAAUGAAGAGGCAGAGCAAUCGCUUCAGAGGAGGAGGAGAAACGUUGAGGAAGAAGAUGUGGUUGGCUUUGUCAAUGACACAGCUACUUUAGUAAAGAAGCUCGUUGAAGGGACUUUGAAACGCCAAGUUGUUUCGAUCAUUGGCAUGGGUGGCUUAGGAAAGACCACCUUGGCCAAAAAAAUCUAUAACAACAGCCGUGUGAAGAAUCACUUUGAUUGCAGGGCAUGGGUCAACGGAUCUCAAGAAUGCAAAAGCAAAGAGUUAUUGCUUGGUAUAUCAAGGUGUGUGGAGAUGGAAAAAUCAGAUGAGCUACACAAAAUGUCCGAGGAAGAGCUAAGAAUUGCGCUUAACAAGCACUUGAAAGGAAAGAGAUAUCUUAUUGUCCUGGAUGAUAUCUGGAAAGUUGAAAUAUGGGACGAGGUAGGAGCAGCUUUUCCUGAAGACUUGAAUGGGAGUAGAAUAUUGAUCACUAGUCGUAUAAAAGAAGUGGCUACACAUGCUAGCUCAACUCCUCCUCACUUAUUGCCAUUUCUUGAUAAAAAUGAGAGUUGGGAACUCUUUCGUAAGAAGGUGUUUCGAGGAGAAAAUUGUCCAUCCAAUCUUGAAACCCUUGGGAUACAACUUGCAGAAAGUUGUAAAGGUUUACCACUUUCUAUAGUUGUACUGGGAGGCCUUCUAGCAAAGCAAGAAAAGUCACCCAGAAUAUGGGAGAAAAUGAUUGGCAAGGUUAAUUCUUAUCUCACUGAUAAUAGAACAAAAUGCUUAGACAUUCUCGCUCUAAGCUACAACCACUUGCCGGGGUACUUGAAAUCGUGCUUUCUAUACUUUGGCAUGUUUCCUGAAGGCCACAAGAUCAAUGCAAGAGAAUUAAUGAAAUUAUGGAUGGCUGAGGGGUUCAUACAACCAAUUGGAAAUAGAGAAGUGGAUGAUAUUGCAGAAGACUACUUAGAGGAGCUUAUCGAUCGAAGCCUGAUCCAAGUGGCAAGCAAGAGAAGCGAUGGAGGUGUGAAGUCAUGUUGUAUCCACGAUCUUCUACGAGACCUUUGCAUUAAAGAAAGUGUCAAGGAAAAGUUUUUCGAGAUUCAUUCAGAUGCAGACCCUUCAGAAUCAUCCAUGAUCAAAGCUCGGAGACUUUCCAUCCAAGGCAAUACUUGCAAUUACUUUCUCUCACGCACUUGUGAUCCAAAAGCAUGUGCUCGUUCUCUGUUUCUGUUUAGCGAACAAAACAACUUCGACUCAAAUCAUUGGAGAUGGAUUUACAAGGGAUUCAAGUUUAUCCGGGUUUCGUAUCUCUGGAAUGUGAAUCUCCACUCAUUUCCCAGCCAAAUACGAAAUCUGAUUUAUCUAAAAUACUUGAGGAUAAACUCUGAAAUGAACUUCAUUCCAGCUUCCAUAUGCAAACUUCAGUUUCUAGAAGUAUUUGAUUUGAGAUCAUCAUCUUCAGAAUCAAUCUUACUGCCAAAGGGUAUAUGGAUGAUGAACCAAUUGAGGCAUCUAAAAGUAAGUAGAAGUUUGCAGCUACCCGACCCUGCAGAGAGAAUAACAGGUACUAACCCUUUAAGGAACCUCCAAGUCAUUUCAGCUCUAAGCAUAAACCAGAAAACUACACUUCUCAUAAGAAAGUCCCUCUUCCCCAAUCUAAGAAAACUGCAUUUAUUGCAUAAACAUAAUGGAAUCAGAAAUUGGACCGGCCAGGAAGUGUUAGAAUUACUGACAAGCCUUGAGGAUUCUUUACCUUCUCUUAGAGUCCUGAAAACUGAAUCCCUAUGGAAGUUUUCCUUGAACCGUUUUGAUAUGUACCCAGAAUCACUGACCAAGAUAACCAAUAUUAGCUCAAUCAUGGUUCCCGAGCACUUUAGAAUCCUGGGAAAACUCCCUAACCUUCGGAUUUUGAAGUUGAAAGAUGUGACUUUGAAUGGAUCCGGAACUCAAAGAGGGCUAAUUCGUUUCGUGGCAGGCGAGUUUCCAAAACUGGAAGUUAUCAAAAUGAUUUCUGUGGAGAUUGUAACAUGGGAAAUGGAAAGAGAUGCAAUGCCUAGUCUUCAGCAUUUGGUCAUCAAUUUUUGUUAUCCAUUAAGAAAUCUACCAAAUGAGCUUUGCCGCUUGACUCACCUGAGAUUAAUAGAGGUUUCGAAUAUCUCAAAAGAAUUGUGGAAUAUGCUCAAGGAUUUGAACAUGAACAAUGGAUGUAAGCUCAUAAUGGAUUGAAAUGAAUAAUCUCCUAGACUAAUUUCUCAUUCAUAGUUGUUUAAUCUUCUUCAGCUUUUACUUCUAGUUCUGGUUGUGACUUUUUUUCUUCUUUCCCCAUUUUGGAGUUUAUCAUUUGUUGGCUUCCA